AUGGAGACGACCAACGUGCCCGAACGGUCAGGGUCCAACAUGUCGGAGGACUCUAGCGGCUCCUCAGAAGACCGCGUACGCAAGUUCCAAAAGACGGGCGACCAGGGCAGCCGCCUGCGCAAGACGAGUGCAUCCAAUGCCAUAAGCGCAGCCCGCCCGCUGCCUUCCAUCAACAACAACGCCGCAGGACGGGGCAGGGCCAAGGUGCCGUUGGGCCCCCGCGAGCGGCCCCAGGACUUCACCAAGCAGAGAAUGGCAAGCGGCGCCAGCGUUGCUUCCCUCGAGACGCGCUCCUUCCUGCCCACGCCCGCGAAUGAGACGGCGGCCACGCGUACCGUCCCCUCGAACCCACGCUUCAGCUUCACCAAGCAGCCGCAGCCCGGACCUGCAAAGGAGGAGCCCGCUGAGAGCACCGGCUCGUACGACUUCCUGCCCGCCGUCAACUUCGACGACUUCGCCAACAGCCUCGCGUAUGAGCCCGCUCUGAGCGACUUCCCUGCGCCUGGCACGUUUAAGGCCAACGUGCCUGCCAACACGACCACGCCCAGUAACAACAACAUGCCGUCAUUCACGGGAACGCCCACCGACAAGCCGCCCACACGCAGCAGCGACUUCGUUCGCCGCUUCAGCCAGUCCACCGCGAGGAAGCCAAGUGGCGCCUCUACCGCAUCGGGCUCUGACACGAACAUGCCAGCGCCCCAGAGCAACAUGGCCAUUCGUUCACGUCGUCAAAGUCAAUUCCCCGCCCAGGCACCCCCAAAUCCAGCUGCCCGAGCACCACGGAAGAGCGUUGGCCCUGGAAUGCUGCCUUCAAGUAGCUUCGAGCGCCAGGAAAUGGACAGACUGGCCAACGACAACACAAUGCCCCAGCUCGGCCGUGCGCCGUCACUGAACAAGGGGAACAGGCGAGAAACACUGUCUGCAAACAUCAACACAGCUCCUACCACUGGAGUACCCAGGCUCCCAACUGCCGCACGCAACGCCAAAGCAAAGUCCUUACAACCGCCUUCGAGACAGCAACCGGGCCACCUGACUGUCUCAUCCAUGACCCCCGAUCCAAGUUCAAUGCCUUCCCCUGGCAGGUCUCCCGCUGCGCAAAGAUCGUACACACCUUCGUCCUCCUCGAGCAAACGGCAGUCGACGGCUCCUCACAUCUCUGGGCUUGGCGCGCGAACCAUCAGCCCCACAGACGCUCGGCGGCUCAGAAGACUGUCCAUGAACCCAAAUCAUCCGCCAGGCGGCCCAGUGGGUCCUCCCACUCCCCAGGGCGAUCAGACAUUCGACGAGCGAGCCUUCAGCCAGUCCCCAGCCUUGGCUGUGGGAGGCAGCAUGACACCAUCUUCGGCGCGCGCGACGCCCGAGCAGAAGCGCAAGUCCUAUGCUUCUGGUAUAUCGCUCUCGUCGAACUCGAGCUUGAACUCGUUGAAGGUUGGUCCUUCAUCAAUACCCUUGCGCACCAAUACCGCUCCGACAAGCUCUCGUCUGCCUGCGCCAAAGCCACGAAAUGUGCAAAGCUCAGCUGGUGGGGAGCAAGAAGAGGUGCCCCCUGUACCUGCCAUACCAAAAGCGUUUGAAUCUCCCAAGGACCCCGAGCGCAGCAGCUUUGCAUUCACAACACCAAAUUCAAAGAUGAGCGCGCCUCCUCAAGCACCUCAAGAACCAGUGUCAACACCCGACACGCAACGAGCCGAGCCUCGGCAGAACGAGACCCUGGAAGGCGGUCUUAUGAACAGGAGCACAGGGUCCAUCAGACAUCGACGGGGACUAACUGUUGGAGCUGGUACCGAAGGUGAGAGGACGCCCACGGUACAGCAGUCCAGCAAGAAGAACCUACAGCCAAUUAGACUGCCACCGCUGAAUCUGCUGCCGCUCGGCACACCGUUCAACAAUCGGAUAUCGUCUUUCCCUGCGCCCUCUGGUGAAGUGGCCGAGGGUAAUGUAACGCCACCGCCUAAACGUGCUGCCAAUAAAACGCCCAGUACGCCCAUGACAGCCUCCAAGGCGAACUUCUUCGCAAGGAACAACCACCACGACGAAUACCACAAACACUUGCGUAGCAGUAGCUCUGCCUUCAACCUGCGUGCUGCAGACUCGUCGCUUGAUACCCACCCGAACAUUGGUUCGAUUCCCGUUCCGACCUUGAACCCAACACGUCAAGCCACCACGCCUUUCUCAUCGAAUUCGUUACCAAAGGGUAGCGGGGAGUUCGCUCGAUUGCAGCCGCGACCUAGCGGCGAAUACAAAUCCUCUGCGAGGGAUGUGGAGAUGCAGAGUAUGGUUGCUGGCCCGCGGCCAUUACAAAAGAAGAACACGUCGGAUUCAAUACAGACGUCCACGUCAACCGAACCUGAAACGCCUUCUUCUGGCUCAUCUUUGCGGCGAAAGCUCAGCCUCAGUGGCUGGAGAAGAGCUUCAUCUAAAGCUGCAACACAUCAAUCGCAAAAUCUGCAGGUUCGAAAACCGGGCCCUCAGGGCGGUGAACCAAGACAGCAACCCCAGCCUCCCAAGCACAGCGAAAUGCCUCCACCGCGGCUACCUGCGUCUGCUACUUGGAGCGGUGCUAUUGGCACGAGCCCAAGUCCCGCCAAGAGUGGGAGUCGACCAUCCCUUGAUUUCGGGCGCCGCAAGCCCUCUGCAACAGCGGUUGCUAGUGAUACAGAGGUUGAGAAAUUAAGUGCUCGUAAGCCCGUAGGGAAUGCCGGAACACGUGCGGUAUCAGGCCACACAGACCAGGCUAAUAGCCAGGCGACACAGAAGUCAACGUCGAUCUUGACACCGAUGCAGCGGAUGCUGGGUACGAAGAGCUCGUCGAACAUGCUCAAAGCUCGUAAUCUCGAUUCAAACCUCGAUAGAGAUGACAUGUUGGCCGACGAAGAAAUGAAGAAGCUUGCUUCGAAGCGGAAAGACUUUGAGCAUGCGGCGCGCGAUGUCGACGAGCUCCGUAAGCGCGCCACGGCCAAGGAGCGUGUCAGUCCCAGUGAUGCUGUGCGCAUGGCCAAUUUGAACAUAUUCGAAAGAGGCGAGAUCAUCGACUACAAGGAGGUCUACUUCUGUGGAACGAAGAACGCCAAGAAGCACGUUGGCGAUCUUAAUGCGCAGACCGCAAACUUUGGCUAUGACGACGAACGCGGCGAUUACAACAUCGUCUUGGGAGACCAUCUCGCAUAUAGAUACGAAGUUGUUGAUGUUCUUGGCAAGGGCAGCUUCGGACAGGUUGUGCGUUGCGUAGACCACAAGACGGGAGGGCUCGAAGCGAUCAAGAUCAUUCGUAACAAGAAACGGUUCCAUCAGCAAGCUCUGGUCGAAGUCAACAUUCUCCAGAAGCUACGUGAAUGGGACCCCGAUAACAAGCACAGCAUGAUCAACUUCACCCAGAGCUUCUACUUCCGUGGCCAUCUUUGCAUCUCGACCGAGCUUCUUGGCAUGAAUCUGUACGAGUUCAUCAAGGCACACGAGUUCAAGGGCUUCUCCCUACGCCUUAUCCGUCGAUUCUGCAAACAGAUGCUGGCUUCGUUGACCCUCUUGAAGACCCAGAAAGUCAUCCAUUGUGACUUGAAGCCGGAGAAUAUUUUGCUUGCGCAUCCGCUUCACUCGGAAAUCAAGGUCAUCGAUUUCGGAUCCAGUUGCUUCGAAACCGAGAAGGUUUAUACUUACAUCCAGUCGCGAUUCUACCGAUCGCCGGAGGUCAUCCUCGGCAUGAGCUACGGUCUGCCGAUAGACAUGUGGAGUUUGGGUUGCAUCCUUGCCGAGCUGCUCACCGGUUACCCCAUAUUCCCUGGAGAGAACGAACAGGAGCAGCUUGCUUGCAUCAUGGAGAUAUUCGGACCUCCAGAGAAGCACCUCAUCGAGAAGAGCAGCAGGAAGAAGCUAUUCUUUGACUCCCUUGGCAAGCCCAGAGUCACUGUUUCCUCAAAGGGCCGCAGGCGACGACCCAGCUCGAAGACACUGCAACAAGCCCUGAAGUGUGACGAUGAGGCCUUCCUUGACUUCAUCACGCGCUGUCUGCGUUGGGAUCCCGAACGUCGAAUGAAGCCCGAUGAAGCGAUGCAGCAUGAGUUCAUCACUGGCGUACGCAAAACCAAUCAACAACGACGGCCAUUCAACGCCCCGUCCGGCACGUCUUCACCUGCGAAGCGAAUGCCGCCCCCACAGUCGGCACAGCCACGUGUCCGACCUCUUCCCGAGCCUCCCGUGUCUAGCUUCAGAAACGGGACCGCAGCCAGCGGACAACGUCAGGUGUCGAACAGCAACUCACCUGUGAAAACAUCUGCUCCCGCGAGACGCCACUCCACCGUGCAAGGACUUGCACCUGGAACAGCAGGUACUAAGCGUGCAGCAAACGGAGCGCCACUCAAUGGCGCAGGUGGAAGUGGACUGCCGCGCGCAGCACAGCGCAGUGUGUCAGGCAAACCAGACCUCGCUUCGGCGGCGGCUAUUGCCAGUCUCGUAAGUUCAGAGCAUCCCGGCCAGCUUGAUAUCGAUGAGUAG